ACCGCGGGCGGCGGAGCAGCUCCCGGGCUGUGGGGUCCGCACAGGGCCGAGUAGGUUUGAACCUGGGCGCCCGACUUAUCGCGGGGCCGGGACAGUGGGGACCGCCCCUGAGAUCCCUUCUCUGGAGGCCUGCGGCACGUCAUCCCGGGCCUCCUAGAGGAGGGUCUAAAACAGGGAAAGCGGCCACCCCGUGAGGAGGGGACCAGGCUCUUUGCCUGCGAGGAUCGCCUGGCUGCCCUUCAGCCGCGAGAGAGGUGUCGGCUCCCCUGAGUGCAGAGGAAGAAACUGAGGCCGAGAAAGAUACCAUUGUGUGGUUUGAAUCGGGAACGAAGCCUUCUCAGAGCUAAGAGCAGAAGCCUUUUUGGUCAACAUGGAGGACAAAAGGCGGCGAGCCCGCGUGCAGGGAGCUUGGGCCGGCCCUGCUAGGAGCCAGGCCACGGCUCAGCCAGCUCCCGCUGCUCAGAGCCGUCUCCACCAGAGGCCUGGCCAGACCUGGAUGAACAAGGAGCACCAUCCAUCGGACAGACGGUUUGUGUUCAGAGAACCCCAGGAGGUGGUACGCAGAGCCCCAGAGCCACGAGUGAUCGACAAAGAGGGUGUGUAUGAAAUCAGCCUGUCACCCACAGGCGUAUCCAGGGUGCGUUUGUAUCCUGGCUUUGUUGACUUGAAAGAAGGCGACUGCGUGUUGGAGCAGCUUUGCCGGGAGGUUCCCUGGAAGCAGAGGACCGGCAUCAGAGAGAAUGUAACUUACCAGCAACCGAGACUUACAGCAUGGUAUGGAGAACUUCCUUACACUUAUUCAAGGAUCACUAUGGAACCAAAUCCUCACUGGCAUCCUGUGCUUCUCACACUGAAGAGCCAAAUUGAAGAGAACACCGGUCACACUUUCAACUCACUGCUCUGCAAUCUUUACCGAAAUGAGAAGGACAGUGUGGACUGGCAUAGUGAUGACGAACCCUCGCUGGGGAGGUGCCCCGUCAUUGCUUCACUCAGUUUUGGGGCCACACGCAUCUUUGAGAUGAGAAAGAAGCCCCCACCAGAGGAGAACGGAGACUACACGUAUGUGGAGAGAGUGAAGAUCCCCUUGGAUCAUGGGACCCUGCUGAUCAUGGAAGGAGCCACCCAAGCUGACUGGCAGCAUCGAGUGCCCAAAGAGUACCACUCAAGAGAGCCGAGAAUCAACCUGACGUUUCGGACCGUGUAUCUAGACCCGAGAGGGCACACUGAUGGGAGGUCUUUGCGAGAAGCCACGUGAGAUGGAGCAGACCUCCCACCGUGAAGAAGCUUCCAGGGGCUGGCUCAGCUGAUCCUGUGCUGUGGCUGUUUGGAAGAUGAGGAUGGGACUUGCUCCCCAGCUUGGAGUCCUGUUAAGUGAGAGCCAGCAGUUCAUGUCCUGCUAUCUUCACUGUGGGAGCAGUAAUCCCUAAUCAUAUCUUGAAGUCACAUAUUUUCUUUAGGCAAAUUAAAAACUGCUGUGGCUGUGCUCACAGAUGAUUUUGUCCAUGAGCAGUGUUCCCCCGUCCUCCCCCGCUUCAUUUGGAGAAAUAUGAAUGGACUUUGCCUCCGGGGCAAAUCCGCGUGUGUUUGUUCCUUGUGACUUUAGCGCAGUGGAGAUAUAAAUAUGCGUCAGCAGCUCUGGAGCCUUCCGUAGGCAGACAGCUGCUGAAGCCCAAACAGAGGUGGUUUCCCAGAGCCUUGUGGAAGGCUGCCUCGGCUCCUUGACUUCUCGGCCUGUGCGCCAUCAUCACGGGAAGCUGCGGAUUCUGGGAGCACUUUCUUGAACUGCGUCUCCUGCCUGUCUGUCUGCCCAGGACAGACACACUCAGACAGGUUACAGGCCUUGGCGUAAAGAGCGAAGGCAGCCUUCUCUGGCCCAGCCAGCUUCAGGCAGCCACCUGGACUCCUUGUAACACAAGAGGAAGCUGUCCUCUCACAGGGAGGACUAAUGGAGUGAGGUCAUGAGAACUUGAGGCUGAAGAGCAGCAGCUGCCCCGCUCGCCACAGCUGUCGCACAUGGAUAGUUUCCCCUGGAGAGUUACUGGAGGCAUUGCAGCCCGGGCCAGACAGGAGCGGGAGCGGGCCUGCGGGGAAGAGGCUCAGUUACCUAAUAGCUGUGUUCGCUUUAGCCUUCAGUAGCCGAUGACUAAGGCUUUCUUCUGACUCAAUGUUCUCUUAGACACAAGAUCCCGAGAUUCAGGGGUCAGUCCGUGAUGUCACCCGGGUUCCCAAAACAACAGAGGGGCUGCCCCUUAUUGCAUCAUAAAAGACGGCAUCUUCUUGACCUCCUGCCUUAGGAGCAGUGUGCCAGAUUACUUCCAAACCAAGACCUGGAAAACCCAAGAGAAAGAAAGGAAAUGGAUUGAAAUGGAUGAAAACAAGGCAGGAGAGUUAGCCUCUCCCUCGAUGCCUGUGGGGAAAGCUUACAGAGCCUUCUUGCUUUUGAUCUUGUUUCCAUUCUGUGCUGGAAGAUUGAUGAUCCCCAGGAUUGCGGUCAAGGGCCACAGGCUGGGCAGACUCCUCCCCAGAACUCAGAACGCUGUGCCUGGCUCGCUGUGGCCUCCGACGAGCUGUCUGGCUUCUUGUGUUGGAGUCCCUUUCUUGUUUUCCAGUGUUGCAUGUGUAUAGCUCCUUUCUCUAAGAGUACUAAAUGCUUCGUGAAAUCUGAGCAUCGUACUAAGCCUUUCUGUGAGGAAGAUACGAAUCACCAUAAAAAUAAAACCUCUAUCUAAUUCUGAGCUUUUCCCCUGUUAAAACAAACACGACCCAGCCGGGGCGGGGGGUACAGCCAGUUUUGGUUAUGAGUUUGAUGGACGGCAUUGGGAAAUUCCUCUUGCAUUCCCAUGGAGGAGAGAAUGGGCAGAUGGCUGCGGUCUUGCCACAUCCCUCCUAAGGCUGGGUCACGUCUCCCCCAACGUCGGCCGCCGCCAUGAUCCUCUUGUUCAUGGCGGCCGCGGCUGUCAGGGACGCAGGUCCCUGCCCUGCAGCACACUGCUCGGGCCACCACCUGGCUUUUUGCAUCUGAGCGCCGCAGGCUUAGGUUUUGUUUCUUGCUGUCAAAUACCACAGCUGUCACCACUAAGAUAAUGUCCCCUCUGAAGUGUCGAGUAAGUACUUGCCACGGGGUGAAAGUGCAGGGUUUAGGACUGGACAGGCGUUCCAGGCCCUGGUGAAGGACAGCCAUGCUCAGGGACCACACAGCCUGUUGCUGUGUUCUCCUGGCCAUAGCUCUUAAUUAGGAAUGAGGAGUGAGGCUAUUUUUGCCAACAUUACUUACAAAGCUGAAGAAGCGACUCUAAGCGCUGUAGUGCAAAGAAAAACAGGUUUCGUGUUGUAGCUGCCCUUUGUUUGAGCUGGAAUAACCUGCCAGGCGCUGUGCUGGGAGCUCUUUCUGCAUAGUCGCUCAUCUCCCUGCAGCCUUCCAAGAAGGAGAGACUGUUCCGGUUGUGGAGACCGGGCAGGAGGUUUCCAGGAGGACAGGAGUUAAGCGCCAGAAGCAGAAUUCAAACCACAGGCUAAUCCCUAAAUGGUGUGCUUUUUCCUCGCUCGUGCUGAAUUUAGGCGGAAUAGCCUACUGGGCUUCCCCGGGACCCUGAGCCUCGGGCUUGCUCCUGCAGAGCUGGCCACCCAGCUCACCCCGGUGCUCCGGCAGCGCUGACUCCCACGCUGCCUGGUUUGUUCCCCGGCUUUCCUAUGCAUCAGGGCGGGCACCGACGCCCCCUCUCUCCUUAAUCAACAUUAGCAUCUUCCCGUCAGAAACUGCUGCCAACUGGACUAGUAAUUGGCCAUUUUUACUGGGGAAGCUCAUUUUGGGGGACAGAUUCUCAUCCAACCUUCCCGGCAAGCAGCCGAGAACAGCAUUCCUGACCAUAUGCAAGCAGGCAUCCAGAGGCAGACGGCGGCCCCUCCCCUCUUACUUGUGAGGACAUCUGGGGACUGAAUGAUGCCCAGACUCCGUAUCAGGCUGCACUGUACUUGCCGACACCACAACUCCACUCAGCAGCCCCAAGAAACAGGGCAGGCUGCACAUGAAGAAUGUCCUGACAACAGCAACAGGCCUGAAAGCACGAGUCGGAACAGUGUGAUCCCUUGCAUCGAUUGUGUCCCCAGGAUCGAAAUCAGGGUCCACAUUGUCCUCAACUGAACCACUAACCCUGGUGGCAUCGAUGACUCCUAAUAAGUUUGGGUCCCAGCUCCUGUACGUGCCGUUGCCGUGAGGCACUCCCUCCCUGCUGCCUUCAUGCCUGAUAUGACCCUUCCUGGGGGGUGGCAGGUCCGUGGACCUGGUCAGUAAGUGGCAUUGUGUCUUGACAACCCCAGAAGAGUUGAGUGGGCGCUGCGAGAGCAGCACGCUCCAGCUGGAGGGCUUCAGAGAAAGCCUUGACACAUGCCGGGCCCUGCCCUGCGGGGAAUAGUUCUUGGAGUUCUGGCUGCUUUCACUUGGCUGCAGAAUAUCUGAGACCCACUUUGCCUUUUCUGGUCAUAAACACAUGUAGUGUUGAAUCUGAA